AUGAGCAGAAGAGUGAGUGUUUUCGUUCCUUCCAUCCGAGUGAGCUACGGUCGAAACAUUGCUUCAGUGAUGUACUGGAUUUUACUGCUAUUAAUACCAGUUGCAUUGAUCGUGAUCGCUGUUACCAUCUACUUCUGUUAUAGAUCUUCCACUACAGAGAAGACCACGCAUGUUAAAUCAGAAUCCGACAGUGUCGCAGUCGAAAGUAGGGUUUGGUCACCUGUAAAACGUGAAAGCAAUCGUAAAGGAGGAACUGAAAGUGUGGAAGAAACACCAAGAAAACUUCGCGGGUUGAGUUCUGUGGAAGGCUCACAAGUGGAUCAGUUGAGGUAUUUUGUCUUGAGAUAUCAGAUUGGCUAG